AGUAUAUAACGAGCUUUGUUUACAGGAAGUAGGAAGAAAAUUUAUUGCGACAGAAAUUUUUGAUACAAAAUGAAAUAUUUUGUCUUAAUUACGAUUAUUUGUGUCGUUGUAAAUGGUGUUUUAGCAGCUUCAACAACUAAAGCACCAAGUGUCACCACAGAUAAUCCGGUCACAACGAAGAAAUCGACACAAAAUCCAACAACCAAACCACCCCCCGUUACCACAGCUCCAACAAAUAAACCUGUAACAACUCCCAAGCUGUCACCUAAAGAACAGUGUGAGAAUGCAAAUGCCAGCUGUGAUGUUUGUGUAAAGGUGGGAUCUGUACAGUGUGUCUGGUGUGCUUCAUCAAAGAAAUGUAUGUUGAAAGAACAUGUGAUCCCAACAUCUGAGUGUGGUCUUGCUGAUGCGAAAUGGGCGGUAUGCUGGGUGAAUUAUGAAGCACUGAUAAUAGCAUGCAGUGUGAUUGGUGGUCUCCUCAUUCUGGCACUGACUGUGUGCAUCUGUUGUUGUUGUUGCUGCAAGGGUAACAAGAGUGCCAAGUACGCUAAGGAAGAUGCCAAGUAUGACAGAAAGAGGGCUGAAAUGAAGGCAGGACAGGCUGAGAGGAGGGCAGAAAGAAAGGAAAAGACUGAUGAAAUCAGGAGAAAAUAUGGGCUAGACAGUGUUUAAAUGCCAGCCUGCUAGUGUUGUGCUUGAUCAAGGAAGACAACCCUUACACAAGAUUUGAUGACAAUUAAACAUGUGAUUUAACAUCAGAGAUGCACAUAUAACAACGAUGUGGAGCUCUUGUACAGUGAAAGAACUAUCUCCUGAAAUGUUUUAUAAAUUACGUCAAAGAUAUUUAAAAAUUUAGAUUGGAGGACUUGAUUAUAACUUGAACAAUGUUCAGUUUGUUAGGCUUUUUGAAAGCAGAAAUAACAGAAUAUAUGUUUAUCUAUUCAAAAUAUUAUAUCUUAAUAUGCCUAACAUACUCGGGAUAACUUACAGCUUAUGAAUAAAAAAUCUCUAAUGAAAAUUGAUUAAUACAUUUUGGUUUAAAUUGGGUUUUUGAGUUUGGUUUUAAAUUAUUGUGCAUUUAAUUUGAUAGUGAAAUUUUGGGUGAAUCAUGUCUUAAUACUGGUGUAAAUAUAACUAUAUAUAUUCCUUGUUGUUAUUGUUUAUUUCAUCAUGUAUGUUUUUUGUGAUUUUGUGUUUAUUUCAUCUUGUUGUAUGAUUUUGUUUUUUCAUUUCAUUACUUUUCAGCUUUACUAAAUUUAUUGAUUAAUUUUUGACGUUGAUUUAUGUAACCAUAUUUUGAUAGUUCUCUAGAUAGUCUUAUCCAAAAUAAAUUCAUUUAUUCCCAAUAUUUUAAAGGCACUGGCCUCCAGAUUGUUCGACAACAAAAAAAGGAGAUUUUUUUUAGAUAUCUGGAAAUUAAUGCUAUAUUUCUUAAGAAUGCUUUGAAACUUAAUUACUGACAGACUAUAUGUUAGAAUUAGUUGUUUUUUUACUACUUUUUACAAUGAAAAUCGAAAAGCGUUUGUAAUGCUUUACUCGAAGUAAACUGUCUCGAUUAUAAAUAUCUAUAUUUAAGCGAAUUAAUCACUAAAUCCGCCAUAGUGCUAUUGGUAAUGACAGUGGAAAACUUUUGUUAUUGCUGCGGCGGUCCGGGUUCGAUUCCUGACGCGGUCAUCUUUUUUUUCCUGAUUUGGCAUUUUUAGCUCAUCUGAUUUUUUGAAAAAAAAUGAUGAGUUAUUGUCAUCACUUGAGCGGUUGUCGGCGUCGGCGUCGGCGUCUGCGUCGGCGUUGCCUGGUUAAGUUUUAUGUUUAGGUCAGCUUUUCUCCUAAACUAUCAAAGCUAUUGCUUUGAAACUUGGAAUACUUGUUCACCAUCAUAAGCUGACCCUGUAUAGCAAGAAACAUAACUCCAUCUUGCUUUUUGCAAGAUUUAUGGCCCCUUUUGUACUUAGAAAAUAUCAGAUUUCUUGGUUAAGUUUUAUGUUUAGGUCAACUUUUCUCCUAAACUAUCAAAGCUAUUGCUUUGAAACUUGGAAUACUUGUUCACCAUCAUAAGCUGACCCUGUACAUCAAGAAACAUAACUCCAUCUUGCUUUUUGCAAGAUUUAUUGCCCCUUUUGGACUUAGAAAAUCAGUUUUCUUGGUUAAGUUUUAUGUUUAGGUCAGCUUUUAUCCUAAACUAUCAAAGCUAUUGCUUUAAAACUUGCAACACUUGUUCACCAUCAUAAGUUGACCCUGUACAGCAAGAAACAUAACUCCGUCCUGCUUUUUGCAAGAUUUAUGGCCCCUUUUGGACUUAGAAAAUAUCAGAUUUCUUGGUUAAGUUUUAUGUUUAGGUCAACUUUUUCUCUUAAACUAUCAAAGCUAUUGCUUUGAAACUUGCAACACUUGUUCACCAUCAUAAGCUGACCCUGUACAGCAAGCAACAUAACUCCAUCCUGCUUUUUGCAAUAAUUAUUGCCCCUUUUGGACUUAGAAAAUCAUUUUCUUGGUUGAGUAUUAUGUUUAAGUCAACUUUUCUCAUAAACUAUCAAAGCUAUUGCUUUAAAACUUGCAACAGUUUUUCAUCAUCAUAAGUGGACACUGUACAUCAAGAAACAUAACUCUAUCCUGCUUUUUGCAAGAAUGAUGGCCCUUUUUAGACUUAGAAAAUCAUGGGUAGGACAAUAUUUCUAUUACACUAAAAAAAAUCAGAUGAGCGUCAGCACCCGCAAGGCGGUGCUCUUGUUAAAAUAGUGACCAAACUUCAAUUUGAAAGAAAGAUAAUUUUUUAGCCAAAAUCUGGAGGUAAGUGCCUUUAAGUCAGUCACAGAACACAUUUUCCUUUUAUAUGAUUUAAAAGAUAAUAUCUUACUUGAUUUUCAUUUCGUCAAGAAGAAAGACAAAAACUGACUUAGGUUGAGUUUUGAUAUUGUGCAACAGGUUUAGUUUGUGUAUUUUGUCAUUUUUGAUUUGCAGAUCUAUGUAGUUGAAGUGUUGGGUUUUAAAGUUUCAGAAAAGUGUAAUUGAUAGCGUAAUUUAGAUAUAAUUGUUUUGUAAUACAUCAUUAUGUGAAUUUUGUUUCAUCAUUAUUUUGGCUUGCAUUGUCAUUUAGAAACUCUGAUAGGAGAUAACAUUUUGUCUGAUUCAUUUUUAUGUAGGUCAAACAUUCCAUAGUUUAAAGCAUUUUUCUGUCACAUUUUCAGAUUUCAGAUUUUUUUUUCUCACAAAUCUCUUGGAUCUAAUAUAUAAAUCAAAAUUUGAUAAACAGAACAAAAUUGCUGAAUAACUGGCAUAGUUCACCCGGCACCUUGGUUUGACCCAUUCUACGGACUGAUAUUUAUUUGAUUCUCAGAAUGCUGGAAAUAAAGACAUCACUUACCAUAUUUUUUCUGGAUGUCUUGACGAAAAGAUUUACUAAUUGGACUGCUGAAUAACAUGAUGUUAAUUCUUUGAAGUUCUGUUUAAUUGAACCUUUUUGCAUGUAAAUGUACACAUAUCAACACCUGAAUAAGUGACUAUUUUGUCUGUUUGUUACUUAUGCAGUCUGGUGCUGACUAACAUUUAACUGUUGUAGGCAAGAGAGGAAGGGAUGUAAACACGUAGUAUUUUCUGCAGUCUUGUGCAUUUGAAAGUUAUUGAAUGAUAUUUAAGAUAAAAUACUUUAUAUUCAAUAUGGAGGCUUUUCAUUUUUAAGAAAAUAAAUUAUGAUAGUAAUGCUUGUAUUUUUAUACCUAAUAUUGUUCUGUAUCUGUGAUAAAAAAAUCUGCAGUUUUUCUGUAAAGAACCUGUUUAAAAGUGUUUUUGAAUGUUCACAUUUGUUGGCAUGUACACAAUAGCAUGUAUUUAUAUCAAGAUAGCAUACAUCUGUCACAAAAUAGUAUACAUUUUUUAACACUUUUUACAAAAAAAAAAAAAGAGUUACAUUUGCAUAAUGCUUUAUAUUGUACUUGCUUAACUUUCUAUAAAAAUGUUUGCCUAAUUUUGCAAAAACAAAAAAAAAGUAGAAUGAUAUUUGGCCUGUACUUUUGAAAGUGAGAUUUGAUGAACCGAGUUCAUAUUCGAACAUCAGAAUAGUUUUCUCUCUUUUCAUAAGAUUUUAAAGAAAAUCAAAAUGUUUUGUGGGAAAAAAAAAUCAAUUUUUAAUCCAGAUUUACAAAAAAAAAAUCGGAUUUGUCUACAAUAUUGUAUUUUUUUUUUAUCCAUUGCUUGAAUUGUAACUAUGUUUCAGAUUGUUGAGUGGCCACAAGUGACUUUGUGGUAUUUGUGUCGUGCAAUUCAGAAUAUUUUUGUGUAUCUCAUGCAUAUGUGUAGUGUAUGUGUCCCAUUGUUUUGCAAAAAAAAUCAGCAUAAUUUUAAUAUAUUCAGUCAAAGUUCAUUACUUAAUGGCCUCAUGGGAAAUCAUAUACAUAUAAAGAAUACCCAAAGGUUGGAUAUAAUCAUUUAAGAAGAAUAACACGACCAAAAAAAUCAAUAGCACAUUUGGUUUGAUUGAGUCUGUUCAUGAGAGGUAAAUAUUUUUGUACAUUCCUUGAGUUUACACAGCACUGAUUUGUACUUAACACAGCUCUGGUUCUAGACACAACAUAGCUUGGUACUAAACACAGCACUGUUUGGUGCUAAUCUGAUUGGUACUUAAGACAGCACUAAUUGGUACUUAACAGGCCAAAACAAUCACCGCUUAUAGUCAUUUGAUUUUUUAAUCAAAUCAAAUUCACAAAUGUCAUGAAUUUUCACAGCAAUUAUCAGAAUGUAUCUACUAAGAUGACAGCAGAAAUUGUUUUCUCUAAUUUUAAAAAAUAUUUUAGACUGGUUGACCUUAUUAACAUAGAGAAGAAGAUGGAUACCAGUCUGCAUAAGGCCAGUCUAAGAAAUAUCUUUGUUUUCUCUUCUGCAACCCAUGCCAUUAAUGGCUGGGUUGGUAAGUGGGGAAUUUUUUAUGCCAUUUUUUCACUGAUACAUUUUUAAUUAGCAAACAUUUAGUAUAUAGUGAUGUAGAGCUAAGCUUUUAACCUGCAUCCAUGUUUAUCAACUUUUUCAGCCAUUAACAGCUAGAUGUAAGUCAGGUCUAUCAUCUGUAUCAUUAGUUUGAUUUGAAAGCAACAAAAUAAAGUGAUGGGUACCCUUCUUACGUACUAGAAAAUUAGAUUGAUUUUAUAUUUUUGAUAAAAUAUUUUUGAUAGCGGCAAUUGUUGUGGGUAGGUAGAGGGAUAGGAAACAAGUGCUAUUUUAUUUAAGGUCACAACAGUUACAACAGUGUACAUACAACUUAAAAUCCAAUAGGGAUGUCAAAAGGCCUUGACUGAAAUCUGGUUCAACCCACAGACAACUAUUGAAAGACGAAUGAAAGUUAUCACAAAAAUAGAAGAAAUGACAAAUCGGUAGAAAGGUUUUUUUGUUGAUAUACACAAGCUUUUUGGAAUUAACAUAUCUUUUCAUAUGACAGCGUAUAGAUCAUUUGUGUAUGUAUGAAUAGAACUUCAUUAACUCAUUGUCUUCAUUAACAAUAUACCAGUGAUUUUUCUCACAUUGAUAAAUAAAAAAUAGUUUGAUAA